AUGGCAGCUGCAGCCCCCAGGCAAUUGGGCAUCACUCCGCCUUUAUCUACCGCGCUUCCAACGGAUGCUGAGAAGCAAGCAACUGAUGCGCUGAUUGACGAAAUGACAAAAGAGAAUCUUUUUGAAAGUCGCGCUGAUACCGAAAAGAGAUCCACCGUCCUUGCUUCUUUACAAUCCAUCACCGAAGAAUUUGUAAAACGAGUUUGCAGAAAGCAGAACCUACCGGAGAAUAUUGUCAACAAUGCCGGCGGUAGAAUCUUUACAUAUGGUAGUUUUCGACUUGGUGUUUAUGGACCUGGCUCUGAUAUCGAUACUCUGGUUGUCGUACCCAAGAACGUUUCCCGCGAAGAAUAUUUCGAACUUUUCCCAGAUCUUCUCGUUGAAUUGGCGCCAGAGGGAGCUAUUACAGACCUAACGCCUGUUCCAGAUGCAUUCGUCCCAAUUAUUAAGUUUGAAUAUUCCGGCAUCAGCAUCGAUUUGAUCUUCGCACGUAUCGAAGUACUUUCUCAAAUUUCAAGGUCCCUAAGCUUGAAUGACGACAACUUAUUGGCGGGUUUGGAUGAAGCCGGCUUACGCUCUCUGAAUGGAACGCGAGUUACCGAUGAUAUCUUGAAUUUGGUACCGGAAAAGGCAGUAUUCAGAACUGCUCUAAGGGGAGUUAAACUUUGGGCGCAGAGACGAGCUAUCUAUGCAAACAUUAUGGGUUUCCCUGGAGGUGUCGCCUGGGCCAUGCUGGUGGCUAGAGUAUGUCAAUUAUAUCCACAAGCUACCGCUUCUACAGUCAUCCUCAAAUUUUUCCGUAUCAUGUCUCAGUGGCAGUGGCCGCAACCAGUCCUACUGCAGGCAAUUAAAGGUGGUAAGCUUAACGUUCGUGUCUGGAAUCCAAGAGUUUACAAAGGCGACGGUUACCAUCUCAUGCCAAUCAUUACCCCUUCAUAUCCCUCUAUGUGUGCUACUCAUAAUAUAACAAAAUCAACCAAAGAGAUCAUCUGUCGGGAACUUGCUCGUGGAGGAAAUAUCACGGAUAGAAUUAUGAUGGGCAAAGCAUCCUGGAAAGACUUGUUCGUCAAACACACAUUUUUCACCAAAAACUACAAAUACUACCUCUCCGUCAUUUCCGCCAGUACUACAACCGCGGCUCAACUUAUCUGGGCUGGUUUGGUUGAAUCAAAAGUUAGACUUUUAGUUUCUAAUGUAGAAAACCACGAAUCAAUCGCGUUGGCACAUCCAUUCAACAAGGGAUUCGAACGAGUUCACAAAUGCAGUUCCGAGGACGAAAUCGAAGCGGUAAAAGAGGGCAAUCUACAAUACCAGAUCAAAGAAAUCCCAGCAGUGACUACGGACCCAUCUCAUGAUACAGACUUAGGAAUUGCGGUAAAGGACCAGACUGGGGAAGUCAAGGAUGAGAAUGGAGAUGCACCAAAAUCCGAAUCUGAGAAAAAGGAAUCAUUAGUUUACACAACAACAUUUUAUAUCGGCCUCGAGCUUCGCGAAGGCGCUAAAUCGCUCGAUCUUGCAUGGUGUGUUGAUGAGUUUAAGCGAGUGUGUAGAGGUUGGGAGAAGUAUAACGAAGAGCUUAUGACUUUAUCUGUCGUUAACACUCGAAACUGCGACCUUCCAGACGACGUCUUUACUGAAGGCGAGGUCAAGCCAACUCGUUCUCAAAAGAAAAAGAAGCGUGCUUCAGCAGAUGACGUUGAAAAUGCAUCCACAAAGAGACGGCAGGUAGUUGCUGCUGGAUAA